AUGACAACAACGGCCCUCACGUGGCACGUCCCGGCCCCAAUGUUCCUCCCAUGGAAGACGGCAGAGUUCCUGCCACCCCUCGCCACGUCGGCCACGAAACAAUCGAAACGCAUCACGUUCACCACGGCCACGACCUACUUCUUUGACGUCGACUGCGGGGGAAGCGCCGUGCCAAGCGACGACGGCCCACCCCUUGGGCUCGCCAAGACACACACCACACUAGAGUGCCAUGACAUUUACUCCCAAGUCCCCAUGGCCAGACCUAGACGCGUGCGACGGUAUGACCACGUGGAGCGCAUGCUGUUGCUGCAGCAUGCAGGGUACAGUCGAAAGCAAGUGGCGAUGUGUUGCUUUGAAGGCAUUGCCAUUCGCAAGUCAAGGCUAGAGUCCAAGGACGAGGAGAUUGUGGAGGAUGAAGGGGACGAUGUGCAGGUGAAACGGAGAAAGAUAGGAACUGAAUAA